CCGUGGGCUUUGGGCGCUCCUUCCCAAAAGGUUUGGUGUGGUCCUCAACCACUUGGAAGCCGCUGCGAAUUGUAGUUCUUCUGGCAAUUGACGGACUCAGGUUGGCUCCGCAUUGCCCUGCCGGCAACAAACUGUCCAAACUCCAAAGCCAAGCCCCAACCAACCACGAGUCCACAACAGUCGCCCCGAGAAAAAAGGUUAAGCUAGAGCCAGACGACAGGACCACUUCCGGGGUCCCGGCUCCGCUCGCUGCAUCUCGACGGCAUCCGGGACAGGCUGAUCCCGCGGUCGAACAUGGAGGUCGACGGAGCGCCGCCGGCGGGACCCCCGGUGCCGGCAGCGUCCACAGGAAUGGAUUCCAAGCAGCUUCAACCCCAAGGAGCGCCGGCUGCUACUGUCAGGCGGAGGGCUCCAAUCGCCUGCCGAAGAUGUCGCCGUAUGAGGAGCAAAUGUCUGCACGAGAGAGCACAACCGCCCUGUCGAGCAUGUCUCGAUGCAGGCCUGGAUCCUAGCGAAUGUGUCUUCCCCAUACGUGGCCAACCUGAUCAGGACCGUGAAUACCGACACCCUCGAGUGAGGGCUGGGAAAAGCAGGAAGCGAGAUGUUGCUAAAGUCCAUCGUGAUACCCUGGACACACUAACUUCGCCGCUGCCGAGUCUGCCGGCUACCCCUGGCCAAGCGAAGGGCGCCGAUGUUUGGGACCUCCUGCCACCGCUACCGGAGGUAAUCGAAGCCGUGAACAGGUUCACACGCCACUAUUUCCAGCUCGGCUUUAUACCCAAGGACCAGUUUCUAGAGCGGCUCCGGACUCAGCAUCGGUCCGUCAGCGUCUUCUUCCUGCUCGGCAUCCUCAGCAUCUCCGCCCGGCUGACGCCGGCACUCGUCAGGCGGUAUGGAAGUGCCGUGGGCGCAUCAGAGACCUUCAUGGCACGCUCCUCGGCCCUGGCUCAGAAUGAAGUGUACCAGGAGCCAAGCCUCGAGAGGUGCCAGGCCUUCUAUCUUCUCAGUGUCGCCCAGCAGGGAAGUGGGAUGAAGCAUAGGAGUUCUAUCAACAUGGCAAUUGCAAUGCGGAUGGCGACUUUGAUGCAGCUGCACAGGGAGGAAACAUAUAUGCUACCAAAUCCCACAAGUGACCUCAUCAUCAGGGCUGAGUCUGCUAGGAGGACUCUGUGGAUGUUGCACAGCCAGGACAACUUGCACUCGGGUCCACGGGCGCCCGUACUGUUAUCAGCGAGCGACAUCACAGCGCUGCUUCCUUGCAAUGAGAGUGAAUACCUCAACGCACGAGAACCUAAGUCAAGAGCGGCGCUCCAAGACACUCCCCCAGCCCUCGAGAGACCCGCUCUGGUGGCCGACGAAGAGAGAUCGCUAUUUGCGGCCCUCAUUCAAGCGCACCAUUACUGGGGGGUGAUAUCUCGGCGAGCUAUCAACAAGAACAAGAGCUCACGGCCAUGGGAACCGGACAGCGAGUACGCCCAGAUGGAGAAACGGCUUGCCAGAUGGGAGGCGGGCCUUCCGAAUGAUUACCGAUGGAGCAGUCUCCUUUUCAAGGCUUACCAGCAAGAGGGCCAGGAUUUGGCGUAUUUAGGGGUGGCCAUGACUGUACGCCUCUGCAACAUCGUAAUCCGCAAGGCAUAUCUGCAUGAAAUGAUAUCCGAUGAUAAGUCGAAUGCGGACCGGACCGCUUUCUGGUUAGAUAUGGCACGUCAACUCUUCUGGAAUGUCAACCUCCUUUACGAGCAGAUCGAGGCUCACUAUACCGAUAAGCCCCCGGAUGACGGCCCUGGAACGCAGAUGACGGUCUUUUGCGUCUACAGCUGUGGCUUUCUGGCCUGCUAUCUAUGCAAAUUUCCACACAUGUGCCCCAACCCUGCGAUUACGCGCAAUGCUCCCAUAAUGGUACAGCGGAUUCUCAACAUCCUUGCCGAGAGCAGGAGUAUCUGGCCUCUUGCCUCUCGGUGGUACGAUCAUCUGCAGAGGUUCUUCAUGUCACAGAACGUCAUAGCGGCUGGGGCGGAGGGCAGCAUGGCUGAUAGCAGAGAGCCUAUUCCCCAUGUCCUCGACUCCACGCCUGGCCAGCCGCCCGUCAAGCCGAUGCAGCCACGGUUUGGUUCGACUGGGAACGAACAGAAUACCAUGAUGGCUCAAGAGCCCAACAUGUCCAUACCGAACCUGCCACAGCCGCUGACCGGUCCUUCGGGGUACUCGGAUACCAACAACAACCUCACUCUACCUAUUUCCCAAUCUCCAGCCCCACCCGGCCUUGACGGACAAGCGUCCUCGCAAACGACCGGUCCAAGGCAGGCAACUGAUGGGCUUGGCCUUCUUAUUGAGGCGUUCGAUACACACAGAUCGGCCGACCCCCCAGCAGCGCCGGAGACGACAGGUGCGCCUCCCCCGGGCUCGGCAUACACUAUCUUCACUGCACCGCAGCAACACUAUUCGCAUCCGGUGCUGGCCAUGAAUGACGGGUAUGAACAUGAGCUGGGAUACUACAUGUCGGACGGGGAACCUCCGGUGCUGCAGCAGGGUUGGGUUGGAAGCGGGGAUAUGGGUGGCUACUGA